GAUUCGCAUCUUGAACAAUGUAACUUACGUUUGCGCUUAUCCUAUAGCAUCGAUUUUGAAAGAGCAAAAUAUAGUAUAUGUGCAAAGUUAUUCUGGAAACUUGUAGCUGUAUGGAAUGACGAUUA